AUGCUGCGGGACUGGUGCAGCUGGAUAGGCAUGAACGCAAAGCGCUCCCCGCUCAUCAUGAGCAUCCAGGACUGCGAGGACCGGGAAUUCCAGGAGGCCGUGCGGGCUGCCCUGUGGCCCCUGGGCAGGUACCGAGUGCUGGGCAACGUCUUCAGAAAGGAGCUCGGGUUCAGGGUCGCCUUGGUGGAGUUCACUGAGUAUUUAAAUCGAAGUUUGGUCCCCCGACAGAUACCAGGCAAGGGGGUCUGGGAUGUGUUCUUCCUGCCCCAGGGCCCUGAUUCUGAGUCACGGGAUAGACCCAAUUUCCCUGCACAGCCCCAGAGGCAAGCAGUGGCUGGCAGGGCAGGUGUGGCCGGAGCUGCAGGGGACGCUGGACUUACAGGUGUGGCAGGAGGUUCAGGUGAGGCUGGAGCCCCAGGUGCUGCAGGUGCCCCAGGUGAGGCAGGAGCUAAAGAUGUGGCAGGAUCUGCAGGUGAAGAAAGAGCUGUAGGUGAGGCAGGAGCUCUAGGUGACGAAGGAGCUGCAGGUGUGGCAAGAGCCAUCAACGAGGCAGCAGCCCGGAGCCAGCACUGGCGGCAGACGUUGCAGUCUCUGCUCGAUGCUAUGGCCUACCGGGUACUGAGAAGGUUUUCUGGGGUGGAAGAGCCGGGCUGUGGAGAAGAGUCUUUUGAGAACUGGCUGCACCAUGCCAACGACACGCUGUACCUGUGGCGCCACAUGUCAGAGAGGGAGAGGAGGAGGAGACUGGUGGAGAGCUUGGGUGGCCCCGCGCUGGAUCUCAUAUGCGGCCUCCUGGAGGAAAAUCCCGACACCCCUGCGCAGGACUGCCUGGCCGCGCUGGUGCAGGUGUUCGGGAGCAAGGACGCCCAGAUGACCGCACGGCUGAAGUUCCUGACUUGUGCGCAGAGGCCCCAGGAGGCUCUCUUUGCCUAUGUGAUGCGCCUGGAAGGCCUGCUGCAGGCGGCCUUGGAGAAGGGGGCCAUCCGGCCCGCCAUCGCAGACCAGCUGCACGCCAGGCAGGUGCUGAUGCAGGCCCGGCCCAACGAGACGCUCGAGAACAAGCUGAGGAGGAUGCGUCUGGAGAGGAGGCCGCCUGGCUUCCUGGGGAUGCUGCAGCUCAUUCGGGAGACGGAGGCGUGGGAGGCCGUCCCGGCUAGAAGUGAGCAGUUCCAGGCAAAGGAAAGUGCCCCCGUGGACAGCAGAGGCUUGGCCGUCGCCCAGGCCACCCCAGACAAUGAAGAUGCCAACAAGGCCUCCACAGUAAAUAAAAAUGCUGCUGAGAUCAAUUCUGCCAUAGAAAGUCCUGCCCCAGCCAAUGCAGAUUCUGCUGAGGCUUCCUCAACCAAAGAAGAUGCUGUUUCUCUUGAAGAUGCUGCUGAGAUUGCGUCUAGUGAAGGGACCACCAAGGCCUCCCCUGCCACUCAGAAAGAUGAAAAUGCUCCCACUCCUGCAGGGCUAGGUCAGGCAGGACCCUUAGAGGCCCCUGGGGGCCCCACCCCUGCCCAGAUGGGCAGUGCUUCUGGGGUGGGCCCAGGAGGUCCUGGUGGUGACCCAGAGGGCCUUGCUCAGGCAGGAAACAAGGAGGCUGAGCAGACCCCCGAGGAGGGGCUCAAGGCCAUCCAGGAGGAGCCGGGAAACAAGGACAGGGCUGAGGAGAUGAGCCGCCCCGAGUUCUCCUCAGGCAAGUAGGCUCAGAAGGCCCAGGGGCCCUCUCUCCUCCCAGGCAGCAGAGCCCUGGAGGCAGGGGGAGGCGAGGCCAGGGUAGCCGCCUCACCCCACAUGGGGAGCAGGCCCAGAGAGGGGCCUAAUCAGCCCAAAGCAAGCCCCCGGCUCCCCACGUUCCCCAAGGGGCCCUAUGCCCCACCUUCAGCCCUUCCAAGUGACCAAGAAUGACCAUGUGUUACCCUAAAUGGGGAGGGGAGAGGUGCGCCCCCGCCCAUAGCA